AUGGUGUACAGUAAAAAAGGCACUGCAAACAAGAACAACGUGCAGCAGGUUGAGCAGAUUCACAGAAAUAAUUCGAAUCCUUUUGCUGCUCUUGGCAACGUGAAUGAUGAUGAUGGGAAGAUUGAUGGAGAGAAUUUACAGCUGGUGAAGAGAAAUUUGGUUACAAAUUCUUUAGCACAACACUACAAAUCUGAUGUUGAUCAUGCCACUGCUUAUAAGGCUCGACUAAACACCUCUAAUCAGGACAUUUCAUCCAACAAUGUUGUUAGUUUUUUAGAAGAAUUAGUGCACCCAACACGCAGUCAUGAGGCUUUUUCCAUGAUGUCUUCUGCAUCUAAAAGGCUAACAACAAAUGAGGAAAAAGAGGAUGAAGAGGAGUAUGAUUCUGAUAAGAAAUAUGAGGAAGAUGAAGACGAGUAUGUAUCCAAAAGUUGGGUAGAUCAGGUUGAGGAGGAGGAGUGUAUAGAGGCAGAUUCAACGGACAGUUAUCGGGCAAUUAUUAAAGAAAAUUCCAGUCCUACCAUCACACAAAUAGUCAAUACACCAAGAUCAAAGGCAUCAACAGGGAAGAAAAAGAAGUUGCAGCAGGUGCAACAUGCUGAAACAGUGAAACUGCACGAUCAGCAGGCUCCUAAGUCCUCCAAUGUUUUGUCAAGCAAGAGAGGUGUAAGUCCAAAUGCUCAUGUGUUUGUCCCUAGUGUGCAGAACCAAAAUGCAGCAAUGGUAUUGCGUAAUAAGGAUACUGUUUAUCCUAUCGACAAAGCUCUAACUACAGCUAUGUCAACAAACAAAAUUUCACAUACUGCAAGGUACAAUUUGACUCCGACAAACAUCCUUCAAGCACUUGUAUCUCAUGACAUGGAUACAUUGAAUCUACUUGGUAAGAAGGCAGUUGCUACUACUUCCAACACGAUUGGCAUGGUAGAUAACAGUCAUGAUCCAGGAGCUUUAGUGCUGCCAGGAUACAAUCAUAGUGACGCGUUUGGGAUGGAAGCGGGUCAAGAUUUUUAUGAAGAAGGGGAAGAGGAAUAA